AUGUCCAGCGAACAAUUUGACAACGUACUUUUUUCGCUAGCUCAGCAACUUCCAGGAGGAGUUCCUCAGCUUCUUGAUGUUAUUUUCGAAUUUCUUUCGAGAAAGACCGAUUUUUACAGUGGUGCUGGGAUUGAACAAGCAAAAUCACUGCUUCGCGAAAAGUUUGAUAAACACAGUAUCAAAGCUUUGAAAGAAGCCGAGGAGGCUAAAAAACGAAAAGAAGAACAAGAAAGAAAAUUGGCUGAAAGAAGGGAUGCGCAAAAGGCGAAAGAAGAGGAAGAAUUCAGAAAUUCAUCGAAAGUUGUUGAAAUAACCGAUUAGGAAGCUGCUGAAUUCGAAAGAGCCAAAAAUCAAUCAACCUCUGCUUCUGUGAAUGGUUCGUCUAGUGGAACCUCGAAAACUGAUGAGAAAAAAGAGGAUGAUGACAAGAUUAAAGAUUGAAUGAUGGAAAAAGAAGAAAGAAAUUAAAAUUUCCAGAUCAAAGUUGACAAUUCAAGUUGGGUAAUUGAUAAUGGAAAAGCUAUUGUUCUUACAUUGGAAAAAGUGAAUGAUAUGGAAUGGUGGAAUCGUUUCCUUGAAACGGAUCCAGCUAUCAAUACCAAGAAAGUUCAACCAGAAAAUUCGAAAUUGAGUGAUUUGGAUGGAGAAACAAGAGCGAUGGUUGAGAAAAUGAUGUAUGAUCAGAGACAAAAAGAAAUGGGUUUACCAACUUCUGAUGAGAAAAAAUUGAUCUUCGAAUUUUCAUAA